GGCUUUUUGGGGGGCUCUCUGAGGGGGCUUUGCCUUUACCUUUGCAUUUCGUCUCUUCCAUUUUAGAAGACUAAACCUGACCCUGGGGAUAAUAUUAAAGCCAGGCGCCCAUGGAGGACCCAGAAGGAAACACCAUGGUCUUCUCCAUUCUGAAAUCAUUCAACAACUUCAUGUCUCAGUCGGUGGAGCAAACAUCUAAUUUGGCCUCCCCAGAGUCUCCACAAGGCUCUCUCCACAAGAACUACCAGCAGAUGAUGAAGCUGGAGGAUCAGGCCGGAAAAAUCCACUCCGGGGCCCGGCUCCUGCAGGUGGAACGGGAGAAAAUGCAAAUGGAGCUGAGUCACAAAAGGGCUCGCAUUGAACUUGAGAAGGAGGCUAAUACAAAUGCGAGGAACUUUGAGCGGGAAGCUGACCGCAAUCAAGAUCUCCUGCAACGCAUCAAGCAGUGUCAGGAAAGAGAAAUGGAGAUGGAAAAUAAGCUUCAGGAACAAAUUGAAAUCAACAAAAACUGCCAGAAGAACACAGAGUCUUUGAAUAAGAAGUUGCAAGAGAAGGAGAAGAAACUGGCUGAAGCCAAUGAGACAAUCAGUUUGCUGAAAGGGAAGAUAGCAGAUUUGCAGUGGAACUUAAUGAACCAGGAGAUGCAAAUGAAGAGCCAAGAAUCGGAGAAGCAGGAGCUGACGGAACAGCUGGAUGUACUACACAAACAAUGGCAAGAAGCCAGUCAGCAAAUUCAGGCUCUGCAAGCAAGGGAAGAGCUUCUGAUUGAGAUGGAACAGAAAGUUCAGGAUCUAGAACAAAAGCUCUCAUUGCAAGAACAAGAUGCUAUAAUUGUGAAGAACAUGAAGACUGAGCUGGCACAAUUUCCAAAAAUGGAGCGGGAGCUGCAGCAACUUAGAGAGGAGAAUGCUUACCUUAGGGAAAUGAAAGAAAACAAUGGAUUGCUCAGAGAAGAAGUGGAGGGUCUCCAGAGGAAACUAGAACGCUAUGAGAAGGUUCAAGCAGAAUUGGUGACUUUGGAGUUGGAGAAGGAGAAACUUCAGAGAAAGUUGAAUACUUGGGAGAAAUUGGAUCAGAGCACUGGUUUGGAUAUCAAGAGCCCCGAUGAUCUCUCCAGGCAUGUUGUUGCCCUUCAGCAACGGGAAAUUGUUCUGAAAGAACAGAACUCUGCCAUCUCCAGCAGUGCCAGGCUGUUGGAAAAAGCUCGGAAGCAGCUCCAAGAGGAGUUAUUGAAGGUCCAGAAUCAGCUUCUGGAGGAGAAGAAAAAACGUGAGCAGCAUGAAGCUCUGGCUAAGUGCUUGCAGAAGCAUGUGCAUCUACUCAUCAAGGCACGGGAUGGAAUGAGAGCAAUCCUGGAGUCCUAUGAUAGUGAGCUGAACCCAUCGGAGCACUCUCCACAGCUGAGCUUCCGGGUUCGGGAGGCUGAGGAAAUGGUGCAGAAAGUAGAAGCGCACUGUACAGAAAUAGAGGCUCAGUUGUCCCAGACUUUGGAAGAAGCAGGAAACCAGAAGAAAAGGGCAGAUAUGCUGGAGGUAGAGCUGCAGAUGCUGAAGAGCCAAGCAUCCACAACAGAUUCAAGCGCCUUCAUUGCCAGAGAGGAGACGAAUGCUUUGAGAUUAAAGAUCGAAGAACUGGAGACUGAAAGGAGGCGGUUAGAAGAGGAGAACAGGUCUCUGGAGAUGAAGCUGGAACAGUUUACCCUUCAGGGCUAUCAUGAUCCCACUAAAACCAAAGUGCUCCACUUCAGUAUGAACCCAGCCAGCCUGGCCAAGCAACAGCGCCUUGAGGAGCAGGCGCAACUGCGAGAAGAGUGCGAACGCUUGAGAGAAGUGGUCAGAGCCCUGGAAGGAGGAGGAGCGCUCCCAGAAAAACUUGAGGGAGCUGUAAAUCUCCAAUCGACCCAAGAAAUUGCAGAACUAAAGAAACAAGUGGAGAGUGCGGAGCUGAAAAACCAGCGCUUGAAAGAAGUUUUCCGAACCAAGAUCCAGGAGUUCCGCAAGGUCUGUUACAAGCUGACUGGUUAUCAGAUUGACAUGACGACGGAGAACCAGUACCGGCUCACUUCCCUCUAUGCUGAGAACAGAGAGGACUGCUUGAUCUUUAAGGCUGCCAGGUCCUCCGGUGCAAAGAUGCAGCUCCUGGAAACGGAGUUUUCCCGCACAGUCCACGAACUGAUUGAGCUCCACUUGCUGCAGCAGGACAGCAUCCCGGCAUUCCUCAGCGCCAUCACCCUGGACCUUUUCAGCCGCCAGACCAUCAUCACCUAACUGUGACUGAAUAUAAAAUGAUAACGUUCAAUGUCUUUUGGAAUUUAAAGAGCACACCCUCCCCAAAGAAUUAAUAGAGAGUAAGGUGGAAAUAGGUCCUCCAGAUGUUGGGCAGAAGCUUCUCUGCCUUCCUUGCCAUUGGUUUUGUUGGCUGGCUAUGAUGGGAGUUGCAGGCUGACAAAAAUCUGGAGGGCUGGGAUGCAGCCAUUUCUGGGGCCCUUGCACACUAUGUAGUUUGGGUUCCUGUGUUACGGUUCCACUUUAUUGUGCCAUGGUUCCACUUUAGCUGUCCUGGCAACAUCCUAUGACGUGUUGGGAUUGGCAAUUAGGGGCAUUUAUAAUACUCAGUUCUGAGUGCUUCUCAGAACUGCAAAUUCCAGGAUUCAGUAGGAUGGAACCAUGGCAAAGUGGAAUCAUAGUACUAGAAUGGAAUAGUGUGCAGUGUUCAAAAGAAUAGGAUAUCACCUGACGCUGAUAGAGAUAGAAAGUGGACCAACCUGUGCAAAAAUGUACUACUUCUCUUAUCGUUGGCAUGUAAAGGACAAGGCCCUGUUAAGUUGGAGGCAAGAGGCUGGGCUUUUGCUUUGCUUUUUUGCAACCUGCCUAGAUAACUUUUGUUAUUAGGCAGCUUAAAAAUACAAUAUAUUGGCAUUUCAGGUGAUCCCUCAGUUUUAUUGAUAUCCAGAUCUUUCUGCUCCCUUUUAUUUUAGUGCCCUGGUGCUGAUUUUAAUGUUUCCUCUUCUCAGUUUCUACUGGAAAUCUGUACCCAUGGGAGCGGACUGGGAUUUUGAUGCAGAUCGCCUUUUGUCAAUUGCUCUUCUUUCCAUUUUGUAAGGGCUGAGAUGGGAUUUGUUUGUAAGCACCACAACCACGAUUUAGAGGAUUUUCCCAAUAAAGCAUCACUUGAGCACUGA